AUGGUCACUCAAAUUGCUAACGUUGCUGACUUCGACAAGGCUAUCCAGGCCGACAAAUUGGUUGUUGUCGACUUUUUCGCUACAUGGUGUGGACCUUGCAAAAUGAUCGCUCCAAUGCUAGAGAAAUUCGCUGCUGAGUACUCUUCUGCCGAUUUCUACAAAUUGGACGUUGACGAGGUGCCAGAAGCUGCCCAAAAGAACGAGGUUUCCGCUAUGCCAACCAUCGUGCUUUUCAAGAAAGGUGCUAUCGUUGACAAGGUUGUUGGUGCCAACCCAGCUUUGAUCAAGCAGAAGAUCGCUGCCCACGCCUAA